ACUUAAACAUGAAAAAAGAGGACCGUCCUCAGAAAAUCCAAAAGCACAAAAACAAACCCAAGAAAGACGUCGCGUCAUGUAAAGUCCAGAAAGUUGUCGACAUAAUAAAGCAAGAAGAUAAACAGAAAAAGAUCAAAUUGUUAGUGAAUAGAUUGGCCAAUUCCAUAUCCAGCCUGCCCGGGAUCACAAUAAAGAAAAACGGCUCUAAGACACACUCCAGUUUAACAAAUAUGAAAAUGAUCAAAAUAACAUCUAGCGCUGAAAUGCUCGCCAGCAAGCCAAAGAAUUGUUACCAACUUAAAAACGAGAAGAUAUUGAACAAGUGUCUCGAACUUCCAGCUGCUUCAGCGGUGAAAGAAAAACACAUUAACAAUUUAAAAACAAUAAUGCAGUAUUCAAAUUGUACACCAUUCAAAGGCAGGAACUUACUCGGUUACAUCUGUGCAUACUGUGAUCGUCCAUUCCCUGAUCCAUCAGACUUAAGAACUCAUACAGCUGCUGAGCAUAAAAACAAAACAAACUUAAACAUGAAAUGGGAACAUAACACUUAUGCAGUUAAAAUGGACAUAACCGAUUUAAAGUGCUUGUUGUGUGAUGGUGAAAUGGACAGUUUAAAGUCUUUGAGAGAACAUUUAGCGACUGCACAUGAUAAAGUAAUCUAUAGUGACAUUAAAGACCAUGUAGUGCAAUUCAGGCUGAAGAUAGGUGACGUGUACGACUGCUGUAUGUGUACAGCAAGGUACGAGACAUUUAAAUCUUUAACUCAGCAUAUGAACAGCCAUUACAGGAACUUUGAUUGCCCCAAGUGUGAUACUUCGUUUACAACCAAGCGAUCCUUGAUUGUACAUAGCGCUAUACAUAAAGAAGGAACAUUUAAGUGCAAUCACUGUGACAAAGUAUUCUCAACUUUAGUGAAGAAAAGAUAUCAUGAACGAUGUAGCCAUGAGAAACGUAACCGUGUAAGCCCAUGUCCGUAUUGCAAACUGGAAUUUAGCAGUUACUAUAUGAAAAAUGUACAUUUAACCAAAUUUCACAAUGUAGAACAUAAAUACAAGUGCAAUGUCUGCUUCAAAAAGUUUAUAUUGAAAAAUUUGUUGAUGCAACAUAUAAAAAAACAGCAUUUAAUGGAGAAAAAUGUAAUUUGCUCCGUCUGCGGUCACAAAUUCUUCAGUUCCAAGGGUUUGAAGAAUCACAUGCUCAAACACACCGGUGAGAAGAAUUAUAAAUGUCACGUAUGUAAUAAAGCAUAUGGUAGAAAGUAUACAUUGAACGAGCAUCUCCGUAUACAUAACAACGAUAGAAGGUUCCGUUGUGAAGUGUGUGCGAUGAGUUUUGUGCAAAAGUGCAGUCUAAAGAGUCAUCUGCUGUCCAACCAUGGUAUAAGUUUGGCUGCUAGUGAAAUAUCGGCUAGUGGACGAACGCAACAAAGUGUAGAAAGCGAACCGGGUAGUGUUUCUCCUUGUUAGAUUUUUGUUUUUUGGCCACAUGCUAUCGGUGUUAUAAAAUUUUCCCUUACGACAUUUCAAAAUUAGAUACAUUAACAAAAUUAUUA